AUGAAGCCCAUGGAAGCCAGCAAGAUUGCCAGUGUGAAUUUGAACGUCACCUGGGAACCCUUUUAUUUGAACUCUUCCAUGCCAGAAGAGGGAGAAGACAUGGAAGCCCACUUGUACAAGAAAUACGGGAUUCAAGGAGUUCAAAUGCUCAAAGAUCCCAAUGCUUAUUUGUAUGUAGCAGGACGCAAGGUGGGAAUUGAAUUUACCAAAAAGCGCAACAUUUAUCCCACCAAAAAGGCUCAUGCCUUGAUGGAAUAUGCCAAACAAGAAAAAAGUAACGACGUUGCCAAUCAAAUGAUGGAAGAAAUGUUUCAACGGUACUUUGAAAAGGGAGACAAUAUCAAUUCGGAAGACGUCUUGUCCGAGAUUGCCACCAAGGUUGGAAUUGAUGAGGCAGCUGCUAAGGAAGCCGUGAAGGAUGACAAGUACCUUUAUGAAGUCAAUGAAAAGGACAAGCUAUACAAGCAACAAAUGCGGAUCUCGGGUGUUCCAUACUUUCUGAUUGAUCGUAAGGAUGGUCAGCGUCCUAUUGGAUUUUCUGGUGCUCAACCCAUUGAUAUCAUGGCCGAGCAACUGGAAGAGGCUACCGAAGAGUAG